AUCAUCACAGUUCACAAGCUCGAAGAACUCGAAGGCCGAAGCACGCAGCUCAGAGUGUGAAUCGAAGCUCGAAUAGCUAGCUACUACUAGCUGAUCGAGUAGCUUCUGUGUUCUGUCCACAGCAAGCCCGGCCCACAACUAACGAUGGCGGUGGCGGCGAAGACGACGAUGCCCGUGGCAGCCGGGAGCGGCCGGAGGCGGUACGCGCUGCUGCUGGCGCUGUGGGACUCGGAGUACGCAAAGAAUGUGUACGGCGGGUACCGGAACGUCUUCGUCGCCGCGUUCGGGGAGGAGGGCGAGAGGUGGGACUGCUUCCGCGUGAUUGCCGGCGAGUUCCCGGCGCCGGAGGACCUGGCGUCGUACGACGGCUUCGUGGUCAGCGGCAGCCCGCACGACGCGUACGGCGAGGAGCCCUGGGUCCGCCGCCUCUGCGCGCUCCUCCGGACGCUCCACGCCAUGGAGAAGCGGGUCCUCGGCGUCUGCUUCGGCCACCAGGUCCUGUGCCGGGCGCUGGGCGGGAGGGUCGGCAAGGCGCGGCACGGGUGGGACGUCGGGGUGAAGAAGGUGACCUUCGUGCGGGACCUGGAGGGCUUCGGCUUCCUGGGAGGUCUCGAGGAGCUCCCGUCGAGCGCCUCCCUCGUCGAGGUCCACCAGGACGAGGUGUGGGAGCUCCCGCCGGGGGCGACGGCGCUGGCCUACUCGGAGAAGACGCGCGUGGAGGCGUUCGCGGUGGGCGAGCACGCGCUAGGCAUCCAGGGCCACCCGGAGUACACCGCCGACAUCCUCCACAACCUCAUCGACCGCCUCACCGGCCAGAGCGCCAUCCCGGCGAGCGUCGGCGAUGAGGCGCGACGGACGGUGGCGGAGACCGGCGGCCCUGACCGCGUGUUCUGGACGGGCCUCUGCAAGAGGUUUCUCAGAGGUGGAGAAAGCAGCAGCCCGCGGCCUCCGCCGGUGCGUGACAUGGCGCCGGAGGCGAUGAUGACCAGCCUCGCCGUCACCGACUGCCCUGACCGCGCGUUCUGGAUGGGCCUCUGCAAGCGGUUUCUCGGAGGUGGAGGAAGCAGCCCGCGGCCUGCUGCGCCGGUGCGUGACACGGCGCCGGAGGUGAUGAUGACCAGCCUCGCCGCCACCGGCUGCUUCGGUAGCGCCGCCGCCGGCCGCCGCUCCAAUGGUCAACUUGUUGGCUCGCAGCGCUAGCUUUGCUGGAGUUGCGCGUACGUAGUAGCAGCCUUUUCGCCGCAUGGUAGGAGAGGCGUUGACUUGAAUAUGGUUCUAGAUACUUUGGUGUGUACAAACUUCAUGAUACUUCACCCCACCAUACCGCUGCACCGUUCUUCUUGAUUUUAUUAGAGUAUUGAAUUUAUCUUGGUUAACAAUAUAAUCACAAUGGCCGGAUCUUGCCUAUUGAAUCCAA